GUGCGGGGCGGGGCGGUGCUGUCCGGCGCUGAGGGCCGCUCGCCAUGGCUGGCGUGGAUCUGUUCUCGCAUCCCGCGCUGUACACGCGCUACCGGGCUGGGUUCUGCUCCGCCGCGGCACUGGCGCUGUUGCUCAUCACGGCACUCACCUAUGUGCCACCGCUGCUGGUGGCCUACCGGAGCCACGGUUUCUGGCUGAAGCAGAGCGCGUACCUGGAGCAACCCACCGUCCGUUUCCGGUACGAGGUUCUCUUCGUCGCCACCAUCGGGUCCGGCCCGGGCAGCUUCUUGGCGUGGAGCACGUUCCCAGCGUUCAACAGGCUCCAGGAGGACCGGCUCCGAGUCCCGCUCCUGUCGACUAGAGAAGAAGACAAAAAUCAAGAUGGCAAAAUGGAUCAGUUGCAUUUUAAAUUGGAACUUCCACUGCAACCAAUGGAGCACGUAGUUGGCGUUCAGCUGAUUCUACUCUUUUCGUACCAGCUUUAUAGAAUGUCAACAUUUGUGAUGCAGAGCAUGGCUUUUCUUCAGUUUUUUUCUCCUGUGCCAGGGUCUCAGCUCUAUAUGAAUGGAGACCUGAAACUGAACCAGAGGCAAUUACUUAACCAUUGUGGACUGGAUACCAGAUACAAUGUGUCUGUGGUCAAUGGCACAAGUCCUUUUGCAAGUGACUAUGAUCUAGCAAACAUCAUUGCGGCGUAUUGGGAUAGAAAUGUGACAACAGUCUUUUCAGAUCCCAGCCCUGUUUGGAUGACUGGAAGAGCAACAGAUACACCAUUUAUCAUUAAUGCCACCGUUCAUUACCCAGUGGAAGUUAUCUUAUAUCAGCCAGGAUUUUGGGAAAUUAUUAAAUUUGCCUGGAUCCAGUAUGUCAGCAUCCUCCUUAUCUUUCUUUGGGUGUUCGGUAGGAUUAAGAUGUUUUUGUUCCAGAAUCAGGUGUUGACAACAAUUCCAGUAUCACCAGUUCUGCCUGUAUCUCCAGUAGUGUCCUACAAACAGCACCAGUCCUGAAGAGAUGCCUGAGAAGACUUUAUAGAAAUGCAAUUCAAAACUAGUUACCUGAUUUUGUUCUCUAUACACUUCUUACUUCGGAAGAUCAGAAUUUUUAAGUGUGUUCCAAGUAUGCUCUGUUCUUCCUUUUUAAAAUACAUGUUCAUUCAUCUAAUUUCUUUAGGAACAAAUGUGCUUUGGAACCGAAAAAUUUUGUAUUUUUGACAGUUAAAGAAGAGCCUAGUUAUUUUUUUGUAACUGGAACGUGCCUCGAAAACCACCUUGAAAACUGAAAAUAAUAUGCUAAAAGUAACAACAUGAACUGUUUUCACUUCUUGUAAAUUAAUUCACUGCAGUCUUAGAGUUCUGUCAAGAAUUAUUUGUACAUGCAUUUAUGUGCACUAUGAAAUGAAAAAAAAAGAAAUCUGAAAAAAUGCAUGGACGAGUUAAGGUCAGAGAUGCACUUCUGUAACUGUGGCUAUACAUACUCGGCAAUUUAAUUAUUAAGUUGGAGGAUGAAUAAAUUCAAGGUUGAUGUGAGAAA